AAAGGAAAACCGUUGACUCUCACACUAAUAACCAAUUUCUUCAACUUCACUCUUCCUUUCUUUCUCUGUCUUGAUCCAUUUUCAGUCACCUAGAUUCUACCUUACAUAUAUUUCCGCAACAAGUUCCUAAAUUUAGAUCCAGUAAACCGGUACAGGAUUGUGAUCUAAGAUGAUGAGAAAUGCAUCAGUUUUUGCUGUUGUUCUGUGUUUUUGUGGAGUGUUUUUAUCUGGGUUUACGGGUUCAUAUGUCCUAGAUAAAGUUGAGUUUGAGUCUGCAGUUGAAUCUACUGUUGUCCCUAGCUAUGACAGAAUUGAUGAAGUGAAGAAACAUUGUGGUUCUGUAUUGUCUUCUGCUACUGAUUUGAAACCUGGAGAUAGCAAAGUUUACAAUUUUAAAGAUGAAUUUAGUUUUAUGAAUGGUGAUUGGAGGCAGGAUGUUGGUGAAGCUCCAAUUGUACCAUAUGUUGAUAGAAUAUACUACAGAAGAGAUAACUUUUCAGAUGGUCAAACCCCACUAAAGCUUGCAUCUUUUUGGGUUACUGAUGUCGAUUAUCGACAUAAAUCUAAGAAGUCGGUUAGUAUUAAUGGGGUUUUGGUUUUGGGUAUAACACUAGAUUCGUUAGGGGAUAGACCGUAUGGAGAUAGUCAUGACUUUCGAAUGUGGCCUGGUCAUACACAGCUUUCGAUUUCAUUUCAAGGGGUUUACGUUGAAUCUAAGAAGAAUAAUGGAGGGGAAAGGAUAAUGUGUUUGUUGGGGAGCACGAUGUUGCCUUCUCGAGAGUCUGAUUCGAGUGAUCCGUGGGAAUGGGCGAAAGGGUCUGGUUCGAAUUAUAAUCAGCCCCCUCUGCUGCAAGAUGAUCAGAUUUUGUUAGUUCUUCGAUUUCCAAUGAGUGUUUCGUUGACCAAUCGAGUGAUCCAAGGAGAGGUGACGAGUUUAAACCCAAAAGCAAAUCUAAAGUACUUUGAUCAAGUCCACAUUUUAUCUCAGGUGUCAAAUUCCGCAAACUAUGAGUUUGGCUCUGAAAAGUUUGUUUCCAAAGCUUGUAAUCCAUAUCCUUCCAGUGAUACUAUAGUUAAUGGCGGUUUUGAUGUCUAUAAAGGAACUGGAUUUUGUGAAGUUUUAGGGCAAAUUACUGGAGAAGGAAAUGGGGCUUUCACCAUUGUGCCAAACUGGAAGUGCAAUGGCACAAAUGAUUUUUGCAGUAAGUUAGGUCCGUUUAUGACGGAUCAAGAAAUUAAAGCAACAAAUGGGAGCUUUAAAGGUGUACAACUCUUAAUGCAGAAUAUCAAGUGUGAGCAGACACCUGCAAAAGGAAACGUCGGUUUUGCAAAGGUAGCUGCAGUCUUUCGAGCUGUCCGUCCAUUGGAGAAUCAAUAUGUUACGGCUAUGAGAUCUGGACCAAGCAACUUGACCAUAGCAGCUGAAGGAAUUUGGAAAUCUUCCAGUGGGCAGCUCUGCAUGGUUGGUUGCCUUGGACUAGUGGAUACAGAAGGAAGCAGCUGUAAUUCUCGGAUUUGUUUAUACAUUCCGAUGUCAUUUUCCAUAAGGCAACGCGGCAUCAUAGUUGGGAGCUUUUCCAGCACCGAUGAAGUAAAUGCUUCAUAUUUCCCUUUAUCAUUUGAGAAACUGGUGCGACCCAUGGAUCUGUGGAACUAUUUCAGAAACACCCGUCCGUAUUACAGUUACUCAAAAUUAGAAAAAGCUGGCACUAUCUUGGAAAGGAAUGAACCCUUCAGUUUAGGAACUGUCAUAAAAAAAUCAUUGUUGCAGUUCCCAAAACUGGAAGAUGCAGAGGAAUUUAUAAUCAGUCUUUCUCUUCUUUCAGAAGACUUGACUCUUCAAACCUCUGCAUUUCCCGAUCCAUUGCCUAGUUCCCGACCUGGAACUACAAGAACUGAUUUUGGAAUAGAGAUUCUCUCAAUUGGUCCUUUAUUUGGGCGAGAAUACUGGUUGAAUGCAUCCUUUGUAAAUGAGGAGACACCUUACCACAGUAAAGCUGAAUACACACAAAAGCAGGUCCUUCUAAACGUAUCUGCACAAAUUACACUAUAUGGAGCGGCAUUUAGCAAUUUUUCUACUCUUUUCGUGGAAGGCCUUUAUGACCCUCAUGUUGGGAAGAUGUAUCUAGUUGGCUGCAGGGAUGUUCGAGCUUCAUGGAACAUUUUAUUAGAAAGCAUGGAUCUUGAAGCAGGUUUAGAUUGUUUAAGUGAAGUGAUUGUGUCUUAUCCACCUACUACAUCUCGAUGGCUUGUUGACCCAACUGCUAGAGUUUCUAUAUCCAGCCAACGGAACGAUGAUGAUCCCCUCCAUUUUAAUACAGUCAGGCUCCAAACUCUUCCUAUUAUGUACAGGAGGCAAAGAGAAGACAUUCUUUCACGCAGGGGAAUUGAAGGAAUUCUCCGAAUUUUGACCCUUUCAUUUGCAAUUGUGUGCAUUUUAAGCCAGCUAUUCUACAUUAAGCAUGACGCAGAUUCUGCUCCUUUAAUUUCUCUUGUUAUGCUUGGAGUCCAAGCUCUUGGAUAUUGCCUUCCAUUGAUUACUGGUGCAGAAGCUCUCUUCAAGAGGAUGUCACCGGAAGCUUAUGAAUCAUCAUCAUUUGGUCUUGAAAAGAAUCAGUGGGUGCAUGUGAUUGAUAAUACGGUCAAGCUCCUUGUUAUGGUAUCGUUUUUACUUACUCUAAGACUCUGUCAGAAGGUGUGGAAAUCUCGUAUCCGACUACUUACCAGAUCCCCUCAUGAGCCAUGUCGUGUGCCGAGUGACAAGAAAGUAUUCUUUGUUACAUUGGCUAUUCAUGUGAUUGGAUAUGUCAUUGUUUUGAUUAUUCAUAGCACACAAACUAGGCAGAAGCCUUUUAAAAUAGAGAGAUAUAGUAAUUCAACUGGCAUUUAUCAGAGUCCUCGAGAAUGGGAAACUGAACUGGAGGAGUAUGGUGGUCUUGUCCAAGACUUCUUCUUGCUGCCACAAGUUAUUGGUAAUAUUUUGUGGCAAAUUGAUUGCCAGCCACUGAAGAACCUAUACUUCAUCGGGAUCACAAUUGUCAGACUUCUCCCUCAUGUGUAUGAUUACAUAAGAUCUCCGGUUCCUAAUCCUUACUUUGCCGAUGAAUAUGAAUUUGUGAACCCAAAUACGGACUUCUUCUCUAAAUUCGGAGAUAUUGCUAUACCUUGUACCGCAAUCUUUCUUGCAGCUGCUGUCUACGUACAGCAAAGAUGGAACUAUGAGAAGCUGAGCCAGUGUCUCAUUUUUAGGCAGUGCAGAUUACUGCCUCUGGGUUCCAGAAUGUAUCAGAGGUUGUCUUCCAAGUCAUUUGAAGCGGAGCUUGCUUCGGACACUAACAGGGAUCACACGCUUGAGACACAGCGUGACAGCGAAGAAUAGUUUAACAUAGUUUUUUGCUACAAGUAACUGAUAGGAAUUACAAGUCUUUAAACUUCUAUAUUAUAAACUAGGUGUUUGUAGUUCAUCCUGUAUGAUGCAUUGAGUUCUAUUGAAGUGAAUAAGCUACGUGGUGCUUGCUAUUUUAUA